AGCCCGUAUAAAUAAAGACCUUAGCCCGUUUGGGAUGCCGCAGUUGCUAGUUGCCGAUCGAUUGAGGCUGGUGUGUGAAUCUGUAUUUAGUUGCUCUAUUAGAAACGUGAUGCUACUGAGCUGUUAAUAGCUCAUUAUUCGGAAGGAAGAAUCUGAACCAUCCAAAAUGUUCAGGCAGUUGUUCAUAGUGAUCUCGCUGGUGUAUUUUGUGCAUUCGGCCCCACAGGGAGGCGAUAAAUAUGAAGCUUACCAGUAUCAGUACGAGGUGAAGGAUCCAGAGAAGCAGUUAUUCUUCGAUAAGAACGAAGCAGGAGAUGCAUCGGGCAAGGUCUCCGGUCAAUAUUCGGUGUGGCUCCCGGACGGACGCCUAAUGACCGUCAAGUACAGCGUUGACAAGGAAAGUGGCUACGUUUCCGACGUGGAUUUCAAGGAAAACGCUAACCCACUGUCUGGCUAGUAAUAUUCAUCAUUGUCAUCAUAAUCAUCGGAUCUUCGCACAAAAAUGGAACGAAUCGGACUCAAGGCAUCCUUGUAACGAAAGGGAGUAGAUAGAUAAUUCUUAAUUUCUUGGUUUUUUUUUUAAUGGGAGCACUGGGCGUUUAAUGUACUCAUUUUACACAAUUUCAACACACAUACUGACACACAUACCCAGACACGAUACACAAUUACAUGGGAUAUAAAUGCUAGUGAGAGUGACAACACCAACAUCUUCAGACGAGUAGCACCUCUGUACAGUUUUAAGUUCUAUUUUCUCUAGGUCGAUUUCUAAUAAAUAAAAAAAAGGUA